UCCUAUCGACAACGCUUACGCCUUUUUUUUUUUGGGAGCCUUUUUUUAGCUGUUCCAAACGUAAAUGAAUAAAAAGAAAAGUAGUAUUAGAUCAACCAACAACGAGUAUGCUGUGUCGCGCAUUGCAGGCAUGAAAGUUGUAAACAAAACCCGUUACUUUCUGAUUGAAUGGGAAGGUUAUGGCUUGAAAGAUAAUACGUGGGAAAGAGAGGACAACGUCUACUCUUCAUCCAGUAUUUCCGCGUUCAUUGAGGAUUACUGUCGACAAUCUCAUUGCCGAAAGGAUUCAAUACUCUACAUGAACAAGAAAGUUCUAUUAUAUAAUACAUACGAUCCUGAUACGAAGGAGUUUCAUAACCAUCCCAAAAAUCCUGGUCCUGUUACUUCUGUCGUCACUGAAAAUAAUAGCAAGCGGCUUAGAGAUUCCUCUGAUGAAGAAUUAAGUGAAUCGUCGAAUUCCACAAAGGAGUGUAGAAGAAGCUUACGUACGCUUUUAAUGGACGCGCCGAAGGAAUUUCAGGAUACCUUUCAAGUUGUAAUAAACUCAGUCAAGAUGGAACAUCCUGUUGAAAGAGCAGCCAAUCAUCAAAGAAAAAACAAUAUUCCUCUUUACGUCAUCAAAAACCUUAAAACAAGAGUGACCAUUUUCAACGAUGUGGACUCAGACUUACCAAACGACUUUAUCUAUGUUGACCAAUUGCAAUAUACAAGCCCUGUACUACCCCCUGAUCCAAACUUUCUGUCUGGGUGCAGCUGCACAGACGCAAAUGACUGCUCCAGUGAUUGCCACGACUCCCAGUUCUAUGAUCAGAAGGGUAGAUUAAUUGUGCCUCAUGGUACAGCCAUAUAUGAAUGUAAUAACACCUGUGACUGCGGUAUAAAUUGCAAAAACAGGGUAGUGCAACGUGGCAGAAAAGUGCCUUUACAAAUUUUUAAAACAGCGAACAAAGGGUGGGGUGUUCGAACCCUUCAUCCAAUCUCUCGAGGUACCUUUGUUGAGGAAUAUGUAGGAGAAGUUAUCACAACAGAAGAAUCUAAUAAGCGUGGCGCUUUCUACGACAAAUAUGGAUGUAGCUAUCUAUUUGAUAUGGACUUUGCUCAAAGCGAACUACCUACAAAAUAUGCAAUCGAUGCAUUCAUUCUUGGGAAUGUCAGCCGGUUCUUCAAUCAUUCUUGUUCUCCUAAUUUGGAGGUAUUUGCCGUAUACCAUGAUAGUGCUGAUGUUCAAAUGCAUCGCUUAGCUUUUUUUGCAAGUCGUGAUAUAAAGAAAGAUGAAGAACUUUGCUUUGAUUACAAUGGCAUGCAAUGCGACACUGAAGAAGAAAAUAUGAAGCAUAGUGCACGUUACUCUUGCCAUUGUGAAGCACCAAACUGCCGAAAGUGGAUUUAUAUCUAAAUAUGCAUUUAACCCAUCUUCUUUCAUUUCAAAAUCAAUAAAGCAUAAAUUACCAUAAGAA